UUCAGGACCACUUCUGCCUUCGGGAAAGAGAAGGUUCACAUAUAGUGAAGUCUCUAGCAUUGCAAAUAACUUCAAUAAAGUGAUCUUUAAAGGAGGGUCUGGUAUUGUGUACCUCGGUUCCCUCGAAGAUGGGUCCGAAAUUGCUCUAAAGAUGAUAAAUAGAUGAUAAAUGAUUCUUCAUUUGGAAAAACUAAAGGAUGAUCAUCAUCAUCUUCCCAGGUUUCCAAAGAAUUCCAAGUCGAGGCGGAGCUUCUUUUGACAGUCCAUCACCGGAACUUAGCCUCAUUUGUUGGAUAUUGCGAUGGUGGUCGUAGUAUGGCUCUCAUUUAUGAGUACAUGGCCAAUGGAAACUUGCAGGAUUAUCUUUCAAGUGAAAAUGUAGAGGACCUUAGCUGGGAAAAGAGACUCCAUAUAGCCAUAGACUCUGCACAAGGAUUGGAGUAUCUGCAUCAUGGAUGCAGGCCACCAAUAGUACACAAAGACGUUAAAACAGCAAACAUAUUAUUAAACGAUAACUUGGAAGCCAAGAUUGCUGAUUUUGGCCUUUCUAAGGUCUUCCCAGAGGAUGAUCUCAGCCACGUCGUCACUGCAGUCAUGGGUACUCCCGGCUACGUCGAUCCUGAGUACUACAACACGUUUAAGCUAAACGAGAAGAGCGACGUGUACAGUUUCGGGAUCGUCCUCCUUGAACUCAUAACCGGCCAGCGAUCCAUAAUGAAAACUGAAGACGGAGACAAAAUGAACGUUGUUCACUAAGUUGAGCCUUUCCUCGAAACCGGAGACAUAGACGGUGUCGUGGAUCCACGGCUUCACGGGGACUUCUCCUCAAACUCGGCCUGGAAAUUUGUAGAGGUGGCAAUGUCUUGCGUCAGAGACAGAGGAACCAACAGACUAACAACGAACCAAAUCGUGUCCGAUCUAAAACAGUGCUUACUGCUUAGCCGCUGAGCUGGCUCGUCAACCACAGAGCCAUCACAAGAAAGAAGUAAACGAAGUCGCCGACUCGAAAAUAUAGCAGCGAUGAAUAUAAUAGCACGUCCGGAUCGGUUUCGCUUACUUAUGGAGAUUACUCCACGUUUGGCCCAACGGCAAGGUAGUGAGAGAUUAAUUUAAGGUUUGAUUAA